AUGAUAAAAGAUACCCAAGGACAGACAGCGGCUGUUCAAGUAGCCCUUAGAAUUCGACCACUGACUGAGCGUGAUCGAGCACAACCUCGCUUUGCAAAUUCCUCGAGUAGCGAUGUGCUGAGAGCCCAGGAGAACCAUGUUCAGAUUGUAUCUCAAAACAAGUAUUUUACCUAUGACCAUGUGUUUGGAACAGACACACAACAGGGCGACAUCUUUGCUCGACUUGGAGAGAGACCAGUACAGAAAUUCGUCGAAGGCUAUAAUGUCACGAUGUUGGCCUAUGGACAAACAUCAUCUGGAAAGACAUACACCAUGGGAACAGCACAGCAUACAGGUGCAACAGACCCAGAAGAAGAUGGCAUUGUACCACGAGCGAUGGCACUACUAUUUGACAUCCUCAACCAACAGCAGCAGUCGGAACCAUCAUCAGGCUCGCCAGCAUCCUCGGUCAAUGGAAAGAGCAGUCUGCGCCCAUUGUCUCAAAUACACCAUUCAAAUCAGCAACAAAAAUUAGUGUAUAGAUACUCUGUCAAAGUAUCCUUUGUUGAGAUUUACAAUGAGGAAUUGAUCGACUUGCUCAACUCGGCACAUCCCUCAGAGAAGCCACCAGUGACCAUUCGAGAAGACACAAAGGGCCAUAUUUACUGGACUGGUGUAAAGGAAGUAACUGUGCACAGCACCAAUGAUGUAUUGCAUUUCCUGCAACAAGGCACCGAGAAUCGAGCUACCGGCUCGACUGACAUGAACGAGAAAUCAUCUCGAUCUCACGCUAUAUUUUCUGUGACACUAAAGCAAGAAAGAUGGGUUCCUACAUCACCGCAAUCCAGCAGAGCGGCGAGUCCUGUUACGUCCAAGCUACAGCAAUCCAAGCAACAGCAGCGACUAUCAACCACUGCAAAAUCAAAUGCCACACCAAAUGCCGAGGAUGGCGAUUGGAUCAUCACCAGCUCGAAAUUCCACUUUGUCGAUUUAGCUGGUAGUGAAAGAUUGAAGAGAACGGCGGCAGAAGGAGACAGAAGAAAGGAAGGCAUCAACAUCAAUGCGGGGUUACUUGCGCUUGGCAAUGUGAUAUCGGCUCUCGGCGAUCCCUCCAAGAAAAGCACUCAUGUCCCCUAUCGAGACUCCAAGCUGACACGAUUACUGCAAGAUUCGCUUGGUGGCAGUGCAAUGACUCUCAUGAUUGCAUGUGUAAGUCCUGCGGAAUCCAAUCUGUCAGAAACACUCAACACACUUCAAUACGCCAAUCGAGCUCGCAAUAUUAAGAACAAAAUGGAAAAAAACGAGAUGGAAGAGUGGAUGACGACCGACAAUGUUGAUAUGUUGCGAGCAACUAUUUCCAAGCUGAAGAACGAGCUACGCAGCGUAAAAUCAGCUCCCACCGCCAAUAGUGCGAAUAAUCGAAUGCAGCCACAAUCACUAGAGUUUGAUGAUUUCUCGCCAACAGGGAGUCCGAUGGCCAAUCCUGAUUUUGACGACUUGUACCAUGAACAACACGUUAUGAUUGCAGAUUUACAGCAGCAAGUGGAAGAAUUACAAGGUGCAGCUGAAUUCAUCAAAGAGCGAAACAUCAUGGUGGAAAAGGAGCUCGUUCGACUGCACCAAGAGAGGGUCAACCCCGCUGAUCAGGACUUUCAGCAUUUGGUAGAGCCUGUCAUUGAGGAGUACGAAAAAAGCAUCUCUGGCCUGGAAUCGCAAUUAGCCAUGAUCCGUGCUGCACUCAGUCAUUCUGAUCAAGGCUUUGAGGAACAGCAAUCAAAGAUCGAGCAGCUGGAAAUCGUCAUUGACAGCCAAGAAAAAACGAUCAAUGAAUUGCGACGACGAGUAGGGAAACUACUGGAGAGAAGGCUCAAGGAUGAAACCUAUAUCACAGAGCUGGAAAAGAAGCUCAUGGUGGCAGUGGAGGAGACUGUGCAUGACCGAGAGAUGCUGAGUGAGCUGAGAGGCAAGAUCCUGAAACUAAAAGAAGUAGACGAGAAUACAGAGCAGUAUAUCCAUGAUCUGGAAGGCCGUCUUACUGCCAGCGAGACAGAGCGGACCGAAUUGAAAGAGAGGCUGGGUCAACUCAUGAUAUCCACCAAAGAAGAAUCAGCCGAGAACAUGGAAGAGAAAGUGAUGGUGAACCAAGAGUACCAAAAAGAAAUGCAAGACCUGAAGCAAAAGCACGAGACUAGCGAAAAGGAGCGUCAGAAACUGCAGACACAGGUGGAGCAAUUGCUGUUGGCCAACGUCGAGAAUGAAGCCAAGGAGACCUCGAUGGUAGCAAAGACUAUCUCAACCUCAGACGAAAGCUAUGAAAAGGACAAGCGCAUAGCUGAACUCGAGUCCAACCUUGCCAAUUUACAGCACGACCACCAGGAUACCCUCAAAGAAUUAGAUGAAGUGCUCAUGAGAUACCAGGAAACUCUUGAAAGCAGCAACCCAGCGACCGAACAAGAAGUGCAAUUACUGCGUGAAUCUAUUCAGCACCUGGAGCACGAGUUGGAUAUGUCAACCAAACGAGAAAUGAUCUUUAGGCAAAUGUCAGAAGAGCACAACGAGUCUGCACAAGUCGAGCAAACGUUGCAAAAGCUGGAAGUGUCUCAUGACAGCGUGUCCUUGGCUGAUGUGUCCAUGUCCAGUGACCAUCACGCUAUGGCACAGCAACAGCAGCAAAUGGACAAUGAGUUUGUGUUGCACAGCUUGGACGCACUUCAGCAGAAAUACCAACAGCUCAAAGCAGAUGUUCAGUUACAAAACAUCAGGGUACAAGAUGAGGAUGAUACUCCACAAGAAACCAUGUUGGAGAUACACACUCAAUACGAGACUCAAAUGCUGCGAUACAAGCGUGAACUUAAGAAUCUGACAAGAGUAUUGAAGGAGAUCAAACGAGUCAAGGCAGCUGAAAUCAAAUCUUCUCAAACUACUGCUACUUCCAACCCAGAGCACAAGAUGCUGAUGAAGAGCAUUCAAGGCCUCGAUAAGCAACUGACAGAACAGUACGACAAGAUCAAGCUGGAAGCAAAGCGAUUUUCAAAUGACGUGCUGGACAUGAUUGCACACAACAGUGGGCUGGAAAACGAGCUUGGUGUCCUCAAGUCGAGAGAAUCUGACCCAGUCAACAACACAGACACUUUUUCGUUGCCGAAUCAAGUUGAACGCAACACAAACUCCAGUGUCUACAGUGACAAUUCAUCAUUGCCAUCUUCACCUCGUACCAGAAAUUCUCUGAUUCGUCCACCCACACAUUUUAGCAACAGCAACAAUAGUAACAGAUCGUCCAUUGUCAACUUGAGCAACACAAAGGAGGAUACUAUCGCCUUUAACACCAAUAGUGAUUCACUGCCUUCCCCAUCAUCAGCUGAUCUGAUUGCACAAUAUGAAAAGAAUCGACAUGCCUUGAUGACACGAUUAUCCAUUGCUAAACAAGAUCUCAAGGCGCACCAGCUAGUUAUUUUUGCUCUUGAAAACAAGUUCAAGACCUCAGAAAUUGCAUUGCACACUUGCAAAAAGCGCAUUGAAGGUACGACUACCACUGUAACUGACAUUGAGAUUGAAGAGCUCAUGUCCAAAAUGGAUGCCAUGAAAAUCCAGCUUGAAUCAAGCGAGAAGCAAGAGAACAAAUCAAUAUUAAACACGCAAUCCUAA